AUGUGCAAUGCACUCGAGAUUCUUGGCCUACCAUGCUGGCACUCCACACAGUUCAUGUCGACGCGAUUUGGUGACAUCGAGAUGUGGCAGGAGGCAGUAGAUCGAAAGUUCUUCGGAGCAGGACUCAAAUUCGGGCGCCAGGAGUUCGACCAGCUGCUGCAUGACUUUGGGGCCGUCUCGUCCGACACCCCGGCUAUUGCGUUCGCUGACGACCUGAUCGAAGCGUACCCGGAGGCAAAGGUCGUGCUGGUCGAGAGAGACGUCGACUCGUGGUAUGAGAGCUGGAUGAAUACAGUGAUUAAAAAUACUUACGACCCGUUUGUCACGGUCGUCUAUCACAUUGAUCGCUUCUUCACGCGUCCGAUUGCGAGAAUCCAUAUAACGACCUUCCAGGGUUGGUUGGGAAUAUCUAAUCCCGAGGAUGCCCGUCUCAAGAGUAAAGCCAAGUAUAGACAACACUACGAGCUCGUCCGGCGCAUAACUCCCAUGGACAGACUCCUAGAGUAUAAACUCUCGGAUGGAUGGGAACCGCUGUGUGAGUUUCUAGGGAAGCCGGUGCCGGACCAGCCUUUUCCCCAUCUUAAUGAGAAGAAAUGGGUCGACGAGAAACUCCAGCUCCUGCUCUCACAGGGAAUGAAACGUUUGGCGUACAAGGUUUUUCUUUACUUCCUGGCUCCGCUGGCUUUAGCUGGGCUUAUGUGCUUCGUGAUGUAA